CCAGGCAAAGUCGGGUGCUGCUAGCGGGAAAUUGUACAUGGCAUGGGAGAAUCAUCUCAAUGCUGAUUGUGCUGUAGUCUCUUGCACCGAAGGGAGAAAGAAAGAGAGAGCGUGGGGGCAUGUGUAAACACAUGGAGCACGAAAGUUUGAAGGUCGCUGUAAAUGCCUAUUAUGCUAUUGGAUUUAAAUUUGAUAAUUCUUUUUAUUUAAAUCUAGUUGGUUAACAAACAUCGAACAUUUUGUUAACGCCGGCAUUUUCCGGUUAAGGAGAUUUUACGAGGAAAGAUAGUGCUCGUAUUUCAGACACCGCCUUAACCGGACCGCCGCUAUCGAAUUUCCUAAAUCAGAAUCACGAAAAGAGUCAAACAAAAAACGUGUCCUCCAGCCCUUGAAAUAACCAGAUUACCCCCACCGUCCAGAUAACCGUUUCUAAACUCUAAUCAAACCCCCUCCCUUCCCCGAUUAUCAGUUACUAUGCUCCCCUCAAAGGCUCGCCGUAAAGUAGCUCCGGCGAACGGAGACGCUGACAACUCCGCCGACAAACAAGACCAGCUCCUCCUAUCCUCCGCCGUAUGCAAUGGCGAGGACCUCGGACCUUUCGUCCGCAAAGCCUUCGCAUCUGGCAAGCCGGAGACACUCCUUCACAAUCUCCGCCACUUCGCUCGCUCCAAAGAAUCUGAAAUCGAAGAAGUCUGCAAAGCUCACUAUCAAGACUUCAUCUUGGCCGUUGAUGACCUCCGAUCUCUCCUCUCCGACGUCGAUUCACUCAAAUCUGCACUCUCCGAUUCCAACUCCAAGCUCCAGUCCGUCGCUAGGCCCCUCUUAACCUCCCUUGAUUCCUACCUCGAAGCUCAAACUGGAUCGAAUAAUGUGAACUUAGCUCUCAGUUUGAUUUUCUCUUGUAUCAAGCUACUAGAGCUUUGUUCUAGAUGUAAUUUCCAUUUAUCUGGCGGUAAUUUUUACAUGGCGUUGAAGUGUGUGGAUUCGAUUGAGACUGAUUUCUUAGAUAAAACGCCGUCGUCUACUUUGAAGAGAAUGCUAGAGAAGAAGAUCCCGGAGAUUAGAUCGCAUAUAGAGAGGAAGGUUAGUAAAGAGUUUGGUGAUUGGUUAGUGGAUAUUCGUGUCGCCUGUCGGAAUUUGGGGCAAUUGGCUAUUGGUCAAGCCUCGGCGGCGAGGCAGAGAGAAGAGGAUUUGAGGAUUAAGCAGAGGCAAGCUGAAGAACAGAGUAGACUUAGUUUGAGAGAUUGUGUUUAUGCUUUGCAAGAGGAGGAGGAGGACGAUGGGCUUAGUGGUGUGAUCGGUGAUGAUGGUAAUAGUAAUGGUGGCGGUAAUGGGUUGUUGGGGUUCGAUUUGACUCCACUUUAUAGGGCUUAUCAUAUACAUCAGACGUUAGGACUUGAAGAUCGGUUUAAGCAGUAUUAUUUUGAGAAUAGGAAGCUUCAAUUGACUUCGGAUUUUCAGGUAUCUUCGAUGACUCCAUUUCUUGAAUCACAUCAGACUUUUUUCGCACAAAUUGCCGGGUUUUUUAUUGUGGAAGAUCAGAUUUUGAGGACUGGAGGGCGUUUGAUUUCGAGAAUGGAAGUUGAGAAUUUGUGGGAAACCGCUGUUAGUAAGAUGUGUUCAGUAUUAGAGGAUCAGUUUUCUAGAAUGCAAACUGCGAAUCAUCUUUUAUUGAUUAAGGAUUAUGUGAGUUUGCUUGGAGUAACUUUGCGUAGAUAUGGGUACCCUGUUGAUUCUUUGUUAGAUGUUUUGAGCAAGCACAGGGAUAAAUACCAUGAGCUAUUGUUGUCUGAUUGUCGUAGGCAGAUUGCUGAAGCGCUUUCUGCAGAUAAGUUUGAGCAGAUGUUGAUGAAGAAAGAGUAUGAAUAUUCUAUGAAUGUGCUUUCAUUUCAAUUACAGACAUCAGACAUUGUACCGGCGUUUCCUUACGUUGCACCUUUUUCAUCCACCGUGCCUGAUUGUUGCCGAAUUGUGCGGUCCUUUAUUGAAGAUUCUGUGAGUUUUAUGUCGUAUGGUGGGCAGCUUGAAUUCUUUGAUGUUAUAAAGAAAUAUUUGGACCGGCUUUUGAGCGAGGUUUUGGAUGAAGCUUUAUUGAAGCUUAUUAACACAUCAGUUCACGGGGUAUCCCAGGCUAUGCAGGUUGCAGCAAACAUGGCCGUGUUAGAACGUGCUUGUGAUUUCUUCUUCCGUCAUUCUGCGCAGCUUUCAGGCAUUCCCUUGAGAAUGGCAGAGAGGGGUAGGCGACGGUUUCCUCUCAACAAUGCUCGUGAUGCAGCUGAAGAGAUGCUAUCCGGGCUGCUGAAACAGAAGGUUGAUGGUUUUAUGAUGUUGAUAGAGAAUGUGAACUGGAUGGCUGAUGAGCCCACGCAGGGCGGCAAUGAAUACGUGAAUGAAGUCAUGAUAUAUUUGGAAACUUUGGUUUCUACUGCUCAACAGAUAUUGCCAACUCCUGUUCUGAAAAGGGUUUUGCAAGAGGUUCUUUCUCACAUUUCAGAGAUGGUUGUUGGGGCUUUACUUGGGGACUCAGUUAAGAGGUUUAAUGUUAAUGCUAUCAUGGGGAUUGACGUGGAUAUUCGAUUGUUGGAGUCUUUUGCUGAUAACCAAGCUUCAUUGUUCUCUGAAGGGGAUGCAAAUCAGUUGAAAACAGCACUUGCUGAGGCAAGGCAACUGGUUAAUUUGCUUUUGAGCAAUCAUCCUGAGAAUUUUCUGAAUCCUGUGAUCAGGGAGAGGAGUUAUAAUAUGUUGGACCAUAGGAAAGUAAUGACAAUAUCAGAGAAGUUGAGGGAUCCUUCAGAUCGGCUAUUUGGAACAUUUGGGAGCAGGGGAGCCAGGCAGAAUCCAAAAAAGAAGUCUCUGGAUGCUUUGAUAAAAAAACUCAGGGACGUUAGUUGAUUUCACACGUUGUUGCAUGUAUGGUCCUUCUUUCUUUUUACUGUCUUUUGAUCAUUGCUACAUUUAUUUGCUUCCAAUGUUUUUCUUCUCAUUGUUUUAGUAGUUGUGAAAAUUAUAUUAUGUGCUUAUAGUUCUCUUAGAUAUGCAUCAGAUUGUUUGAUUGAA